AUAAUCAUCUGAUCUAACACAACACCCACCUUGAACUACUGAGCUCUUAAUAGAUACCUAACCACAAAUUUUUUUUAAUCUCUUUUGUCGACUUAAGAUCACAUUUUUAGUAACCCUAGAAAACAUUUUUCUCUAAUGGGUAAUUCCUUGGGAAGCAAGAAAACUGCGAAAAUCAUGAAGAUCGAUGGCGAGAGUUUCAAGCUGAAAACUCCGGUGAAAGCUGGAACGGUGGUCAAAGAUUAUCCUGGCCACGUUCUCUUCGAAUCUGAAUCUGUGAAACAUUUCGGAAUCAGAGCAAAGCCUUUAGAUCCUCACCAGAACUUGGAAUCCAAAAGGCUUUAUUUCUUGGUGGAGCUUCCCAGAACAUGGAAAGAGAGAGGCCCAAGAAGGGUUCGGUCGGGGAUCCAGAUGAGUGCUAAGGAGAGGCUAGAGAAUCUGAAGCUGUCUCGUAGAUCAUCGUCUGAUCUCUCGGUAAUGAAGAAGGAGGAGGUUGACGAUGAAGAGAGAGAAGUGCUGAGUAGCGUGAAGUUGAAGUUACCAAAGUGGAAAGUGGAGAAACUGAGGAAAGAGAGUGAGAGUGGCUCUGAUUUCUCGAACAAGAUCACAGCACUUUGUCUCCUCAACAUUCCAAGUGGUUUGAUUCAUCAGAGACAACAUUUGCUUCGUAAUGGACAGGAAGAAGCUUUGGGAUUGGAGAAGAAGGAGGUGUCAAAUCACAUGAGGUGAUCUAUUCUUCAUAGGUUUUUUUUUUUUUAAUUGAAGAUCAAAGAGAAAAAAAAAAAACACCGAUCCGUUUCUCAAGCCACGUUUCUUGCUUCUUUAA